GCAGAACUGCAUUACAUGUAGCUAAUGAUAGACUUGAUAUCGAGCCAUAUCAGGACAUCAUUCAAGUGUUACUUGACAGCGAUUGUAAUCCAAACGAAAUAGAUAAUGAGGGAAAUACAGCAUUACACGUUGCUUCCUUAAAAGGCAACAGAGAAAAUGUUCAAGUUUUCAUAAGUAGGGGCUGUAAUCCGUCAAUUUAUAAUCACAAGAAACAGAUUCCAAGACACGUCGCAGUUAAUUCACAUAUCAAACAGAUUUUAAAGAAAUAUGAAGAGUACUGGCAGUUAGGUUUACCAGUAGAAGUUAAAGAACUUGACAAAAAGUCAGCCAGAAUAUUUACCAGAUUAUUAGAAGAAGAAGGAUAUCUUCAUUUUGAAGCCCGUGUAAUGCUUGCAGGAGAGCAAGGAACUGGUAAAACUACAAUUGCAAGAUAUCUUAUUGGCAAAGGUCCGACUAAAAUCAGAAUAUCGACUGAUGGUAUUGAUUUGUAUAAUGGUUUGUCAUUUAUUGAUCGUGAAACUGAAGAAUGGAUGCAUGGCAAACAAGACUUUACCUUGUCAGAGGUCACAAUCAGUAGAUCAUUACGACAAAGUAAAGAUACAUCGACAAAAGUACUUGGAAUAGAUAACCCUUCAGAUCAAGAUGAAAAUAGUCUUGAUAAGCGAGUUCUUACACAAUAUAAAUUUGAAACGUUUCCGUCAGUAGCUGAUGCAUCAGCAAAUCGUAAUCCUUAUUCCAAGAAUAUUCCACCGAGUGAACAAUUAUGUUUUGAUGAUACUGUACAUACCAAAAGAGAUGCGACUUUGGUUGCUCAAAUACCUGAUGGGGAAGAACUUCAGGGAGAUGAAUAUUGUACUAUAAGUACCAAAACUGAUCAAUUGUCUGUCCAGAGUAACAAAUUGCAAGAUAUUCAAAGCACUAACGUUGAUGAUAUUGAGCCGCCAUGUAUUUCUGAAAUAACACUGGGAAGAAAGCAAACUAAGCUAAAAACAGCAGAAACCUUAUCUGCUGCUUUCCAAGGAGGAUCAACGGAAGUAAAAUUACAAACAAGCAAUACCAUCAUACCUUCAUUGCCAGUUAUACAUGGAAAUAACACGGACAGAUUUGAGGAACGUGUGACUCCAACAAAUGAAUCAUCUCUACCUGUUAAAGAAAAAGAAGAAUUAUCUCAUUCUGGUUUUACUACAACAAAUUUCAUUGAGUCAACGAAACUGUCAGUUUCGAUUCCAAAAUUAGGUGAAUCUCAUUUAGAAACAGACAUCGGAUUCCCAGAAAGAAGUAUUACUUCCGAAGUGAUCAGAAACCCUGGCAUUAUUGGAAAAUUACAGAAGCUAUUUGGGGUUAAAAAAGAUGUGAAAGAAAUAAAGGUGUCUAUGACAAAAGAAAAAUUUUGGGAGGAAUCAGUAAAAGCUGGCAAGAAGAAAUUACAUCAGAUGAAAAUAGCUCCUGUAAUUAUAUGGGACUUUGGAGGACAAGAUGUUUUCUAUAGUACACAUCAAACAUUUCUCACAUACCGAGCUAUUUAUUUAAUAGUCUUAGAUGGUAGUAGAAACCUAGAUGAUCCUUGUCCAUUUGCACAAUAUCUGCCUGGAAAAAGUGGACGUAAAACAGCACGAGACUACCUUAGAUUUUGGAUCAAUACAAUAGUCACAUACUGUAAAGGAAGUGGACCAGGAUUUCCAAAAAUCAUGAUUGUCUUAACUCAUAAGGAUAAAUUGAAAGCUCUAGACGUUGAACCGAAACGCCAACAAUUAUUCCAUGACAUAGAACAGAUGUUUUCUGGAAGUUCGUUGCUAUCCCAUUUAGUCAUUAAAGAUAAGAUUUUUGUAAAUGCUAGGAACAAGCAUGAUCCAGAAAUGACCAAGAUCAAAAAGAUCAUAAUUGAACAAGCCAUGGAGCAACCUACAUGGGGCCAGAAACUUCCUAAAUGCUUCAUUCCUCUUAAACUAGAAUUUGAUUCACUUCUAAAUCGCAACAUUCCUUUGAUAACCAUGGAGCAUAUGCAAACAAUAAACAACGUUCAGCCUGUUCGGCCACUGACAGAAGAGGAAUUGAAAGUAUUUCUAAAGUUUCAGCAUUCUGUUGGACGAAUCUUAUACUUUGACGAAGUCAAUUUGGAUCAGCACAUUAUUCUUGCACCGACACACAUGAUUGAUGCCUUUAAAUCAAUCGUAACUGAUAGGAGAUUCUGUGAAGAUGACAGAUUGAGACAGGACUCUUGGGAUUUGAUGAGUCAGAAAGGCGUUAUCGGCAAGAAGACUAUCGAAGAAAUCUGGAAGAAGAAUAAAUACAAGAAGUUUCAAGAACAUAAGGAAUAUUUACUAGGAGUCAUGACACAUCUUGAUAUCCUAGUUGAACCAAAACGGUAUGAUACAUCGCACAAACGUAUACUAGCCGAAUUCUACUACAUUGCAAGCAUGGUUAGAACCAAGGAUACAACUGGCUAUCUAGAGUCGCCAAAUUUUUCACAAAGAAACAUCAGUAUAGCAUUUAGUUCAUUAUCGUCAAUGAUACCUCCAGCUUUAUCAUUUCGAUUUGUCAGUUAUUGCUUGAGUCUAUUUGCAGUGAAAAGGUACGGACAGGAAAUUGGUGAAAUGCUGUUUCAUAUGUCUGCAGUUUUUACAAUCGACCCAUCUCUAGAUAUGUGUGUCAACUGUGAUGAUGACAUCAUUGUUGUCCGCCUUGUUCAUUCAACAAAUAGAGCACUUAUAAUGAGAGAUCUAGCAUCUAGUAUAAGGGAAUGUUUGGCUGUUGCGCUCGAGAAAAUUAGCCAGCUUUACGUAAAAACAAGCAGCACAGGAUCUGUUACAGGUAAAGCCUCAUUCAGCCUUAGUUUGUGUUGUAGUUCACCGGUUGAUCCCUGUCUCCUGUCCAUGUGUAAACUACAAGAACAAGAUGAUACAUGGAUAUGUCCAAAGCAUGGAAUUGAGCACACCAAAGAUGUUCUAUCUUCUUGGGCCCUACAAAAGGAGGAAAUUCAGUGUGGAAUGGCAUGCCCAGCUACCGAUACUGAAUUCUUGAAGCAGUUUCCAACAGAUAUUCAUCUGCGUCGGUUGUCAAUGCAGUACAGCGUAAACGAAACUAAAGAGUUAGCAAUUCAUUUAGGAAUGCAGUUUAACACAUGGGAAAGGCUGUAUGAGACAUUUGGGGAAGAACCAGAAAGGUUGAACUUUGAAAUACUUCGUAGAUGUCUUAAUGGUUCUAAUAUUACAUUUAAUGAAAUAAGAAAAGCUGUUAAAAGUGGUAAAAUACAGAACCCACACACUCUUUGCAAGGUGGUGAGAGGACAGCCAAUUGACUUCGAUCAGGAACCAGAAAAAUGGGACUUGGUACCUUCAGAGGAACAUUUCGACAAACUGGCUCCGUUAGUUGGAAACAACUCGUUGGCAUUUCUUGUUGAGCUUGGAAUGGAAUUUGCAACCUGGGAGCAUAUCCGAUUCAAACAAAAUGACAGAGAUUUGGUAAAACUUAACCGAGAUAUUUUGCAAGAGUGGAAGACUACAUUUUGUAGCUUAAAAACUAUUAGACCAUCACUCAGACACAUCGGUCAGGCUUUCAACAACAUUGGCAAAAAUAUAAAAAUCGUUGAAAACGUUUUGACAGACUUCUUUUGAACCAUGUUUAUAAAUUUGUGUCUUUGAUCUUACUUACAUUAACAAUCCUACAGAUUCAAUAAACGAUUAUUACUAACAUGAUAAAUGCACAUUUUUAGUAUUUAAACACACAUGUACAAUUGCUGUUCUGUAAUCAUAUGCUUAAUGUCAGUUAACACUUGUAAAUAUGAUACACACAUUAUCUACUUUCUUUGAUGUUGUAUUAUACAUUGCAGAUUAAGUAUUUGAGUUAUUGUAUGUUGUCCUUUUUAGAGCUUAGUUAAAUAAGAAUUCUUCAAAUAUUUCCUAUUUAAGAUGAAAUAAUAUCUCGGGUAACAGGCUUAGCAAUACUGUGAUUCUGUUACACCAGCAUCGAUCGUUCCGAUUCUUUUUAAAAUAAAAGAUAAAUUCAAAGCUGAUCAAUGCAUUAUUCACCUGUUCUUCUUAUCCUUCAAAAUUACAAUAUUCGGUGUGAGCUAUUUUCUUAUUGUUAUUCAUAAAUUAGCUCAACAAAAUAUGUGAAUUGUUUUACGUUACUAGAUGCUUUGAUCUACUUUUGAUUGUAUUUUGAAACAAGAUAUUUUUAGGUAGUAACAUGUUUAAUUUCUAACGUCUGCGCUUUGAAUGUUAAACUAAGUAAACUUUUGUUUUCAAUAGUAUUCACUGUGAACUGGUUAGACUUUAUGUAUAUGCCCAUACUUAGCUUUCGAAAAAGUCUACCUCAAUUAAUAUCAGAUGUAUACAGUGUAUAUAAGCAAUAUAUUAUUUUUGAUAUAACAAGAUGCUUUGUGUCUUACUUUCAAACAAUUUAUUCAAAAUGUGCUUUAUUCAUUAUUUCUUAUAGAUAAAUCUUGAGAUUACAAGAAAUCACUUCAAUUUUACAAUGUCGCGUAUAGCCUUUAUAGUUUUAAAUAAUUAGUAGGUAAUUUAAAACUUAAUUUUUCUGUGAGAUAACUUCUUUUUGGCAAAAACUGAAUUAAAAUAGUUCAAAUUCUAACAUGUUGAUAAUUGUUUUAGUGUUAUGCAGAGGAGUUUGUAUACGUCCUGUAUGCAAACAAUUCACAUUAGCAGAAACAUACAGUAAAUGUUACAUUGCAAUUUCACACAAAGUAAGAAUAAUAAUUAGUUCACUCUAAUUUCAAUUAAAAAUCUAGUUCAAUUAAAGUUUUCAUUUUUUAAAGAGGAUCAUAGAUACAUUAUUGCGAUAAUUUAUGUUUGCAUUAUGUUUGUACUUACUUAAAUCAGUCACCUUUAAAAUUUAGUUGUUUCAGAGAAUGUUCAUGUCAUAAAAGAAGUUUACGUUAUGUUGAUAAGGAAUAACCAGUAGAAGUUCAUUUUCUGUAAAUUUAUUGUUCAUAAAAUAUUCAAUUAUAAGUUAUAAGUAUCUUUGGUGAGUUUGUUUUUUUAUAGUACUGUGUAAUAAUUUAAUUUAAGAGGAUGUAUUUAUCUUUCCAAUGUAUUCAUAUAUACUAAUUUUAUAUCAAAUUUCCACAUUGCUCAUUGUAAGGGUCAUAUUGCUUUAAACAAAAUGACAAAUAACAAAUAUCCCAUGUUAUGCCAACUCACAUAUAAGACUGUCAUAUAACCCACGAAACACUAAUAAGUAAGGAUGAAAGUUUUAAUGAUAUAAGCUAUGUUAGUCUAGUGAUUAAACUAGUAUGAUUUGUGCAAAUUUGGUGGGAUUUUUCGGAAGUUUCGAUAACAUAAUCAACUUGUUCAAUACAACGUUCAGUGUUAAAAUGCUUGCAUUUAAACGCGUAGUGCAUGCAGCUCGAUUAAUUCCUUGCAGUUCUGUAUAUAGUUUUCACAUAUUAGUUAACAUGAAUCUGUGUAUAUGUAAGCUAUACUUCGAAAGUCAACAUUUUUUUUAUAAUCUGAAAAAGAAGAAAUCAAUCGACACAAAACAAUACAACAUCAAGGAUGGAAAGAUAGCACAGGUUUUACAGAAAUUAGAGUAAACAUUUAAAUUUUUUUACAAGAUAAACACAUAAGAAUACCCCCUUCAAGAUUUUAAGACAGAUUGACUACAAUCAUAUUCAUUCGUUGGAACGUUCUAUUUGUGAUAAUCCACUGUAAAAAAGACUUUGAGUUAACGCAUAACAUUUGUAUCUCUUCAGGAACACUCGUUACAGAAAAUAUUUGAUAGAUAUAAGAAGAUGUUGUAUAAGUGCCAAUGGGACAACUCUCCAUAAAAGUCACAAUUUGUAAAAGUAAACCAUUAUAGGUCAAAGUACGGCCUACAACACGGAGCCUUGGCUCACACCGAAUAGUUAGCUAUAAAGGGCCCCAAAAUUGACUAGUGUAAAACCAUUCAAACAGGAAAACCAACGGUCUAAUGUAUAUGAAAAAAGAGAAACGAGAAACACUUGUGAACCACAUCAACAAACGACAACCACUGAACAACAGGUUCCUGACUUAGGACAGGUGCAAAAAAAUAUUCUUUUUGUUUAUGUUUGGCGAUUUGAUUUUUUCUUCAAUAUAUUAGUUUUUUUUUAGUUUUUGCUAAUGCUUUUUAUUUUUUUAUAUUAUCAAUAACCUUUAGUUAUACAUGUAUGAAUGGUGUGAUAUUUAUGUAAAUUUGAUAACUACAUAUGUUUUUGUUACUUUAGAGGUGGUGGGUAUGCUUUGCUUCAUUUAUAAGUUAAAGUCGAUACCUUAGUUAGUUGUAUAACUGGUAUGCUAUAUAUUCAUGUUUUUUUUACUACAUAUUUUCUUAGAGGUCAAGGAUGAGAUUUCCGUAAUAUUCUUACAAUAUGUAUACAAUUAUUAAUCAAAAUCUCUUAAAGUAGCUGUAUAUAUAUCAUAUAUACAAGUUCAAAAUGAUUUGUGUCAAUUGUCAAAUUUCUGUUUGCAAUACACCUAGAUUGUUUUGUAGUUUUAAAGAGACGGCUAUAGAUCACAUUUUUUUUUAUCAAAACCUUUUAUUUUUCUAAAGAAAAUUGCAAUGGUUUUUCGGGAACUAAAAGUAAUUUUAUAGGCUUUCAAUAAACCUAAUCAUAUUUUUUUUUCAUUUAUAGUCCUACACAUAUAUAUAUAUAUAUAUUAUUCAGUGGUCAGUGGUUUUAGACGAGUCCAUCUCCACCCAACGCAACUGACUGCAUGACACUUUUCAAUUGUUGUCAGGGUUCUCCCAAUUAUAUCUCUUUCGUGAAAUAAUUUAUAGGCUAGUUUUCUUCAGUUAGUCUAUGCAAUGCCUCAAACAGAGAGCGUUCAGAACUUUUGAACUAUCAAUCAGAUUUUCAUCUUUUGUAAAUAAGAUAUGUUUUUUUUUAUAAAUUGAAUAUGUUUGUUGUGAAAUAUGCAAGCUCUCCAUGCAGAAACCAAAACCUUUUGUAGCAUUUCAUUGUUAAGUCAAAAUCGAAAGUAUUUUAACAUACAAAAAAAGGUCUGCAUGAAUAAAUGUUUUUCAACAUUUAAGUUUAAUUUCUAAUAUCAAAAAAUAUAGUAACCAACCUCUAAUUGUAUUUGCUUAUUAUUUUUUUUCUGCUGUACAUUGAUUGUUUGCUUUACACAUUAAAAUAUCA